AUGGUGUCAACCCGUCUCCUCCUGCUCUCAGCAGCCCUUCUCCUCUUCUCUUCCGCAGCAACCACCAAGAAAUGCCGCGACGAAACCUUUCAAAACCCAGUCCUCUACGAAGACUACCCAGACAACGACGUCUCCGUCGGCCCAGACGGCGCCUUCUACUUCUCCGCCUCAAACUUCCACUACAGCCCCGGCGCCCCGAUCCUCCGCUCCCUCGACCUCGUCAACUGGGAACCCGUCGGGCACUCCAUCCCCCGUCUCAACUUCGGCGACGCCUACGACCUCCCGCCCGGUGGUCCCCGCGCCUACCGUGGUGGCACCUGGGCCUCGACGCUGCGGUACCGCGAGAGUAAUGGGCUCUGGUACUGGAUUGGGUGUACCAAUUUCUGGAUCACCUGGGUCUUUACCGCCUCGUCCGUCGAGGGACCGUGGUAUAACCGCGCCAACUUUGGGGGUGGGAAUUGCAUGUACGACAACGGGUUGCUGAUUGACGACGAUGAUACGAUGUAUGUCGUCUACGGCAACGGCCAGGUCAGCGUUUCGCAGCUCGCUGCCGAUGGGCUUAGUGUCGUGAAGACGCAGCAGGUUCUCCAAGCAUCUGAUGUCAACACGGAGACGGUGGAGGGUAACAGGAUGUACAAGAUUAACGGGACGUAUUACAUCCUCAACGACCAGCCUGGAUCCACGACCUACAUCUGGAAGUCGAGCAGUCCGUGGGGUCCUUACGAAGCCAAGAUCCUCGGACAGAACAUUGCGCCCCCGCUUGAGGGGGGAAACUCGCCUCAUCAGGGAAGUCUUAUCAAGACUGCGCAGGGGGACUGGUACUUCAUGUCCUUCACCUGGGCGUACCCCGCUGGUCGUAUGCCAGUGUUGGCACCUAUUAUCUGGGGCGCGGAUGGCUUCCCUGAGAUCGCCAAAGGCAGCAACGGUGGAUGGGGUUCUUCAUACCCCUUGCCACUGCCAUCGCAACCUUUGUAUAACUGGACGCGAACAUAUACUUUUGAGAGCGAACUCGGUCCAACUUGGGAAUGGAAUCACAAUCCCGAUAUCGCGAGCUUCGAGGUCAACAACGGCGUUACCCUCCGCACCGCAAGCGUCACUGAAGACAUAUACUCUGCAAGAAACACCCUCGCUCACCGCAUCCACGGAGAGUUCCCCAAGGGAACAGUCGAAAUCGACUUUAGCAACAUGGCGGACGGCGAUAGGUUCGGGCUCGCGGCUUUCCGAGACCAGACCGCUUACAUCGGCAUCCACCGCAACGGUAGCGAGUACACCCUCCAGGCGAUCCAAGGUAUCAUCAUCGACGAGUGGUCUGGUGAUCCGGUCGACCCAGGCAGGGAAGUAGCGUCAGCACCUGUGCCGAGCGGUGCUACCAAGGUGUGGUUCCGUGCUGAACUGGAUGCGCGGCCGACGGGUACUAGGGACGCCGACUUUUUCUACAGUUUUGAUGGCAUCGACUAUACCAAGCUCGGUGAUACCUACGAGUUGUACUCUGGAUGGGCGUUCUUCAUUGCGUACCGCUUUGGUAUUUUCAAUUUUGCCACAACGCAGUUGGGAGGGUCGGUCAAGGUGAACUCGUUCACUGCGGCUUGA